GCAGCGCUGUGAUUGACGGCUGAGCGGCUUAAAGCCUCAGGAGCGGCGCACCGCUCAGAAACUCCACAACCACCCGGUUAAAAACAAGAAACCUGCGGAUUUAUACACGUUUCUGGACUGAGACAGAGUUUCAACUUACUUCACGUUUGUUUUUUGAUCAAGAAGCCACAGCUGAGAGGACAACAGACAGCAGGCUUGCUCGUCCAUGUGGUCGCAGCAGCAGCAGCAGCAGCAGCAGCAGCAGAGAGGCCAGCAGCUGCCCCACAAGCCCAGAGAAAACGCCUGAUCCUGGGUUGAGAGAGCCAGCUGAUGCCCCCUGGUCCUUACAUCAGACAGCCUCGCCCUGAGCUGGAACAUGCUAUAGCCACCUGACUGCCAAUCAAAAUGAUGGCCUCGGUGGUUGUCGGGGGCAACCGGAAAAAGUCUCUCACGCUGAGAGGGGUGGACCCCGAGACCUGCAUGAUAGUGUUUAAGAACCACUGGGCUCAGGUGGUGAAGAUCCUGGAGAAACACGAGCCGGGUCGUAGCGGCUCUGGUGCACUGAGUUUCCUUUCCGGUCAUGCUAGUAGCGGCAGCUCCGGGGCGUUACGCCUUGGCGCCAUCCCAGCUGACGAGGCCAGCGCCGUCCAGAACUACGUGGAACACAUGCUCUUCCUGCUGAUGGAGGAGGAGGCGGGACAAGGCGGAGCGAUGGGACCCAUCCUGGAGUUUGUGGUUCUGGAGGGUGUGAUGGAGAGGCUGUUUCUGUGGAGCCUGAGGAGACAGUUUACUGAAGACAUGAAGCUGGAGCAGCUCAGGAUGUACCAGAUGCUUCUAUCUCAGGCCCGACAGCCUCUACUGCACCAUAAACCAGUUCUACGACCGCUCAUGAUGCUGCUGGCCUCCUGCGCUGGAGCUGGAACUGACAGCGGUGGCGUGGUGGAGGCGGAGCUGGUCCUCUUGUUGAACCAGCUUUGUGUGGCUCUGGUCAAAGAUCCCUCAGUGCUGGAACUGUUCUUCCACACCAGUGAGGACCAGGGAGCCGCCAACUUCCUGCUCUUCUCCCUGCUCAUACCAUACACACACAGACAGGGUUCUGUGGGUCAGCAGGCCAGAGACGCCCUGCUGCUCAUCAUGUCUCUGUCGGCCUCUGAUCCCCGAGUCGCCCAACACAUCGCCGAGAACACGUACUUCUGUCCUGUGCUGGCCACAGGUCUGUCUGGUCUGUACUCGUCUCUUCCGGCCCGGCUGCAGGUUUACAGCGAAGACUGGCACUGUCUGGACCAGGCGGACUGGCAGCAGGUGCCAGCUCUCGUCCAAUUCCUGCACUCACUGGACUUCUGUAGUGCUGUUACCAAGGUCGCUCAUCCUUCCAUCCGGUCUCAGUUGCUGGGUUACAUCUACAAUGGCUUCCUGGUGCCUGUACUGGCUCCUGCUCUGCACAAGCUAACAGUAGAGGAGGUGAUGACCACCACAGCGUACCUGGAUCUGUUCCUGCGCUCCAUCCCUGAGCCCGCCCUCCUCCAGACCUUCCUGUCCUUCAUCUUGCUGCACACACAUGACAACGUGCACAUCCUGGACACACUGGUCAGCAGGGUCAACACACCUUUCCAGCUGGGGACGGUGUCGCUGGCUCUGUUCAGGACUCUGAUUGGUCUCUUCUGUGAAGAUGUCAUGCUGCAGCUGGUGUUCAGGUAUUUGAUUUCCUGCAGUCAUCUAAGCAGGAAGCAGCGUUACUUCCUAAGGCACAGGGACUGCUACUCCUCCAGCGCUGCCUCCUUCCUGCUCCUCAUGCCCUCCUGGUGCCCCGGGAACCUCCACAGCACUAACACACACUCAGAGCACAUCCACUGGCCCAAAGGAGCAGAUCUAUCAGUAUCAGACAGCGUCGGUUACUGUCGUGGUUCAGACUUUCUGAUGGAUGUAAACUAUCUUCAUUACCUCUGGGACGCCCGGCAGGCCAUCUCCACUUCCUACAGGGCAUGUCGGCUCUGGUCGGCUCUGUAUGACGGGAUCGACCCACCGCCUCAAGAAUACCGAUCCGACACACCAGGGGAUGACAUAGAGGAUGAGGAAGAGCUCGUGCCACAGGUUAAGAGAGACUCCAUGUGCUCUUUGGUCAUCACUCCUCCCCCCUUGGCCCUCUCUCCUACCCCAUCCUCCUCAGACACCGUCUCCACAGGCAACCAGGCAGGAAGAGCCAGCUCUGCCCUGGAGCUGGAGUGGGAUGACAUCUUUGCAGAUGAUGAUCCCUCAUUAUCAGGGGUGCUGAACACGGCACUAGCAAAUGGCAGCAUGACCAUGGAGGUCGCUUCUACACCUGCACCUCUGCCUCUGCCUCCUCGACACAUCCAGGAGAUGCGACGCACUGCGACUAAGCUGGUCCAUGGCUCAUAUGUAGAGGAAUCUGAAUUUGAAGACGACGUCCUGGUCUACGAUCUUGUCGCCCAGAAAGACUCAAAGGCGGCCAUUUUGGAGCGAAUCAUGGCAGCAAAUCGACGGGCGCGAGGAAGCAUCUCAAACGGCCAACGAGCGUCAACAGCAUCGACAACAACAACAUUAUCAACAAAGCUGACCACAACAGGGAAGACAGUAAUGGAAACAGUUAACAGUAUAAUGUUGACAAGGAGGAGGAGCGAGGAGGGAGGGAAAGAAGAAAGAAGGUGGAGCGAGGAUUAUGGGAAGGAGGUGAGGAGGAGGAGUGAGGAAGGAGAAGAUGAGAUAAAGAGGAUAGAUGUACAAGAAGAGCCAAAGGGACGUCAGUUUGUCACCAAUGGUUUUAAUGCUAAGAAUCACAUCAUCGACGAAUGUGAUGAUACUGAUGAAGAUGGCAAGACAUUCAAGCAAAACUUCAAACUGAAUGACCUCACAACUACUAUCAAUCACAUCCACAACACACAACACCACACACCACAUUUAGUGACAAACACUUUACCCAAUGGACAUUCUAAUUUUGAGUCACGUGACCCUUUGGUGUGUGCAACCGAUGAUAAGUUACCAAGUCUGCCUGGCAGCAAAGUCCCUAAUAAUGAUGACUUCCUGUCCCGAUACCACGAGCUCAUGCUCUCUUUGGGUGUGGAACCCGACUAUGAUGACAUCAGCGAUGACGUCAACUCAUUCAGGAAACGAGUCCGAGCACUAAGGCAAAAACUGGAGGAGGAGGAGGAGGAGGAAGGACUGAACCAAGAACUUGCUUUUCGCGCCUCGUGGGAUGACAGAGAGGUGGAAGCAGAGGAGGAAGCGAUGGAAGAGGAAGAGGAGGAGGAGGAAGGAGAGGAGAGGAGGAGCAGCAGUAAGGAAGGCAGCAGGAGGCACGGAGUUCCAUUCACAGGUCCGUUCAUCAGCGUCCUGUUGUCCCGGCUGGAGAACCUUCUGGAAAACUCCAUCGCUGUGAACCUGCUGGUGACGGGCAUCCUGUCCCAGCUGGUGUCACACCCACAACCUCUGCUGAGGUCCUUCCUGCUCAGCACAGAGACCCACAACCAGCCCAACAUACGCACACUGUACCAGGUGUUGGUGUCGGUGCAUGCUCAGAUAGAGCGCUACAUGGCGACCAGACCAGACUAUCCUGGUCUGGUCACUCAGGCCUGGAGAUUUCUGUUAGCUAAAGACCAAGACAGCAAGUUUAGAGAGUGCCUCCAGUCUCAGGGCAGCGACAUCAUCCUGGACCCGUCUCUUCCUAAUGGCUCUGUGAGGAACGCUCUGGCUUUGCCUCCUCUUGGCCUCCUGCCGCCUUGCCCUCCUAUUCCACCUCAAGCCAAGAGCCGAGUGUUUGCCAUCGUCCUGUACGCCGAGUUCCUGAAGGAGCUGGCCGCCAUCGCCCAGGAGCACAGCAUCGCACUGGACUGUUCUGCAGAGGAGUAACGGGAGCAUCAUGGUGUAAACCAGCAGUCCAGCUGUGCCUCAGUAACAGCUGUUUAUGCACCUGUGAGCUGCUUCCAGCAGAAGACUGACGGCCUCCAAAAGACCUAAAUAUACAAGCACAGAACAUGCACAAACAUCACACAUUCAGCUGUACUGCAGCAUACGUGAGGAAUUCAUGUGGAUAUUGGCACAAAAUAUUGUUUCUGUAUGUAGAUUUGUAUGCACACUCUGUUUAUAUUCCUGGCAGCACUUGAAUAUUUUGAUGUUUCUCCGUGUGAAUAUGGAUGAUAUUUAUAUGCAGUCGAAAACGACUUGAAGGAGAUUAUUUUGAGGAUAAAUCAGUGUUUUCUAAAUAUUUGUGGCAUUGGUGCAAAUAGUUUUAUACACUCUGAAAUCUUUGCACAACUAGUUAACGUGGAAAAAAAUUAGUUUAUUUUAAAUCGACGCCCUCCCACUCAGGACGGACACCUCGAUAUGUAAACUAAUGUAAACUUGAAACUAACUUCACUCAAAGACAUUAAAGUGAACAGAGCAGUAAUGAACACAAACAACAACCACAACAACUGGGUGUUAGGCAGGUUAGCUAGCCUACUAGCUAGUAAGCUACUAGCUAGCUGCUUGGGCUAAAGGUUUGUAAGUUCAGCUUGAAAGUCAUCAGUAAGCAUUUAAAAACGGACCAGAUGCCAUUCAAAAUAUUCUUAUUUCACAGAAAAACAUAAGAUGACUUUGAAGCUUGAAGCCGAAACAGCGAUACUACAACCAAAUCAUUUCUAUCUGGAAAUAGAUUUUAGUUUGUUGAUGCUGUAAAAAGGUGAACGGAGGCAACGGACUAUUAUUGACUGAGCUUGAACACACAUUUCCAUGAUGUUUUUCUUUAAACAAACCACAGGCAGUCAUUGAUUUAAUGGUUUUAAACAAACCAAACUAAACUGGAAGCUCUUCCGUGAUGCAUCUUGUAUUCGUCCCUCCCGUUGUGUUAUUGUCCAUCUUUAAAAAUCAAAGCACAUGCGUCCAAAUGUCCAGCACCUGUGUGAACUUGUUUGAGUAGACUUGUAUUAUAGGAUGAGUAGCAAACUUUGAAUCUGAAUCGAAAGGGGACGAGCCUCUGUGAUCAGUCGUGUCUUCCUGUUUUCUAAUGUUUUCCUGAUGUGUCUUUACAUGCACACACAGCGAUGACAAAGCCUUACUUUAACCUACGCAGAGAUUUUAGUGCAAAAAAAACAAGAUGUAAAAAUAAGCAGAGAUGCAUCUUAUGUCUUAUGCAAAUAUCACAUCUGGAUUAAUCUCAUUUGCACUUCUAUCAUUGUGCAUUUCCUUGUUCUUAAUGUGAAGUGUCUGAUUGUUAUUGAGUUAAUUCAUGUUUUUCCCUUUUCACCUGAAAAGUGAAAUGAUAUUCUGUUAUGUUCACCUGUGCUGCGUUCAUGUCAAGGGGGAAAGGAGGUAGAUUUGAGUUCCUGCUCACAUAAAAUCCAUCUGAACCAAACUCAGAAAGACGUCCAGGAAGCAGCGAAGCUUUUGCCCUUUUGCUCUGAAUGCAGCGUACGCACAGCCAGCCUCACUUCAUAAUACAAACUGUGUGUUACCAUGGAGACAUUAUGGGAUGGACCAACCUGACUGAGGUCUGAGGUGCACAGCUCUCAGCUCAGCCUGCUGUCUUCAGUUGCUGGAUGUUGACACUGCCCCCUGCUGGUGAAACACUGCACCUUUCUUCUUGUCUCGACUCCUUUUGCAUUAAAUUAUUGCCAAAAUGAUUAAACUGAUUUUCAGAUUUCUUUCUUUUUGUAUUUGUUAAUUAUUGAAAUGAUGAUUGAUCAUUUGAAUGGUCCUAAACGUGUUUGGAG